GCACCUGCUUCCACAGCUCUUCGUACUGCUGUUUCUUCGAGUCUGCUGGGGAUACGCCUCCAUUUUGCAGUUUGUGACCCCCAAGGAAAUUUAGAGCCCUUCAAAAUGAAGCUGUGGUUAAUUGCUGCCAUUACUCUCUCUUUUGGAGUUCAAGUCGGUACGUGAUUUCAGUUUAUCACAUUAUGUUUUUAUGUGCGUACCCUUUCUGUCUGCAUUUCUCUAUUUUUGCGCCUACUUGCCAUUCACAAUCCGUAAUUUUCGUAAUGCCUUGGGCAAAUUGAAUUAUAUCUUUUGAAACAUUUCACUUCAAGUUUAGGGAAAAACUCGGAGAGAUUUGAAAAAUGAAGCGAACUUCGGUCGGAGUAAAUUGCUUUUGCGAGGGAAGAUUUUACAUUUGUUUUUUUUCAGUUUUAUCAUGUUUCUUUUUAUCGUGUCAGCCAUGAGUAUGAUAAUUCAGUAACAUCAGUCGGCGCCUUCCGGAGAUGCCGCCGGCGGACAUGGUUGAAACCUACAUUUUAUUUUCAUUUUGAUUUCGUGGGUCGCUCAAAACAGUAACUCACAGUAAUUAAACAAACACGCAUUAUUUUUCAAGAUUAAACAUACUAUUGUAUCGCUUAAAAAUCUCUAGGUGCAACCACCGCUUCAAGAAAUAAUCCUUUGCUGCUUGUGUCACCUGACCAAGGUUGAAGCGCAUCGGGGCCUAUCCGCAUUAGCUUUUAAAAUGUUAUUUAGGAAACAAGCUCUCUGUCAUCACUUUCACUUAACAAGAGCGGAUGGUUUGGUUCUCGCUUCGUAAGCAGACAGCUUUCAGCACCGGUACACUGUGGUCACCUGAUCGCGCCUUCGAGUGACACUUCUGGCUGCUUCUUUGGAUAAACGUUUGUCGCGACUUGAAAAAUCUUCACCGAAGCUGAAUAAUUCUAAAACGCGUUGCCUACAAGCGUCAUUCCAAGAAUACAAACUGAAAAAAAUCAACUGAAAAAAUAAUGCUAAUCUUUUCAAUCAUUUCUCGCAAAAGCUAUAACUAGCCUGAUAAUUGAAAUGAGUUCAAUUUGCCUUAUGGAGCAUAGUUUUUCAGCAAAUUAUCCUCAGUCGUGCAGUAAGUCAAGGAAAACUCUCAGGGUCUAAAAUAACUGAGGAGAAUGUGUUGCCUAUACUAUGACAUUCGUAAAUGACCAUAGACAUUCUAGUAUUCUUGGAUAAGGACAAUAAACAGUAGGUCCCGUCUCCUUCAUCUUCUCUGUACUAGUUAGCGGGGGACGUUAAAGAAUCCACGCACUUUUCGCAAAAAGAAGGGAAAGUACCUCCCAGUGUCGUGGUCUAAGCACACCAUAGGUAGCAUUUUGUCAAGGAUCUGAUUGAGACUUUUUUAAAAGUCAAGAGACACACCUCAAGAAGAAGCAUGUGGAGGUGUUACAGUAGUAUACAGAGAAAAAAAUAUCGGGAUAAAUUUAUGCCUUUAAUCCCAGUGUUUGCCCGCCCGUGCGGACAAGGCAUUGGUUUUCAAACUUAAAGCUUUCGUAUAACAACACACUCGGCUGAGUCUCGUGCGCCACUGUUUCAUUCUUAUCACAUUUUGACGACGUUUGUGAUAUUUUACAGAACAGAUGUACAGCAACAUAGAAUGAAUGUUAAAUGAAUGGUUAAGUUUUAUUAAUGCAUUUCUCACUGUUUUUUUGUUUUCUUUAUUCAGUGUUGAGCUUGAAGUGUUUGUCCUGCGCCAGUAAGAAGUCAUGGGAUGACUGUAAAGGAAAAAGCAUCUCCUGCAAGGCUCCGGCUACCGAUGCAUGUUUUAAGAUUUACUUGAAAUCUGGUUCAACGGAAUCAUUCGAAAGAGGUUGCAGUACCUAUGCUGGCUGUGACACGGAAACCAAACCUCUUUGUAAAGACGCCAACGAGUGUGACAUCUAUUGCUGCAACAGUAACGACUGCAAUGCUGGCAAUGCUGGCACAGCAACCCACACCAGCGGCGUUCUGUUGCUGUCAUGCGCCCUGGCCUCUCUUUUCAAAGCUUAAUUUGAGGUCACGUACGGCUAAUGAGCAGUGCUGUAACUAAGUAUAACACUUUUGUAAUGUAAUGAAUGUCACACUAAGCCUAGAGACAAUGAUGUUUAUGUAGACAAUUACUUUGAAUAGCUAGGAUAUGUAGUUGAGUAGAUUUACUUGUUGGUCUGCUAAAGAGCAUAAAGCAAUUUUUUUUUCGUUUAGUGUGUGGCAGUUAUAGAAGUAUAGGAGCGUUAAUAAUUCCUUUAAAUCAUACAGCGCUGAAAAUAUAAUUAUGCCU